ACCAGUUAAUCAAACUCGGGAAGCAAAAACGUGGUCGUAUCGACUCUUCUCCCUCAAUCAUCUUCUUCCUGAAUCUCGAUCUUCUUCCUCUUCUAAACCACACACAGAUCACACGCUCACAACUUCUCUCUUUCUCUCUCUAGAAUGGAUACGCACACAGCUUUUUCUCUCUCUCUUCUGUUCAUCUUCUCCCUUCUCUCUAUCCAUCCCAAGGUGAUUUUGGGGGAUUCCACGGUUGUUUUCCUUGAUAGCCCUACCCGCCAGUAUCUCCGCCGUCCAUCAUCUGAGAUUGGUUCACUUUCACCAUCUGAAAUUGGUGCUACUGCAUCAGUGUUACUUGGCUCCUUACCUCCUUCUACACUUAGUGCUGCUAGCUCUGCCAAGCUAAAUGAGGUUCUUAUGCCUAAACCGUUUGAUAAGCCCCGUGCCGUGUUUAUGCUUGAAGUUACAGGAGCUGAAGACUCUCAACUUAUCUCGGACUCAGAGAAAUCUGCAUUUAGUCGUGCUCUGACAAUCAAGGUUGAUGGUAAUCAAAGAGUGGACAUUCAGUGGACAGAUGAAGAUUCGUUAGUCCUGAAUGAAGUGUCAAGUGAUGCCGAAUGUUCUGACAGUGAAUUAAAUGAUUUUGCAUCCGAGUUGGGUGGAUCAUAUGUUGAAGAUGCAUCCGGCCCUUUGAAUGGAGAGUUAGUCAUUCCCAUGGCAAACGGUGCCUUUCUGAGACUUCAUUUGUCAGAGAGAGCCGACAGAGAGUUCAUAACGGGUCUUGUAUCCCUUAUUAAUAAUAUUGAAAAGGCAAAGAAGAUACAUGAAGUCUUGGCAAUAAACGAGCACAGCCCAGCAAUGCUAAUCAGUGGGAGAUUUGAUGGAAUUAAGGCUUUAGAAGAUCGUUAUGGAAAAGAAGGCCUCACACAAAGAGGAUUAGAACUAUUUGUCAAUUGCAUCUCAAAGUCAUUCGAUUCCUUGCAGGCAGCAUACGAAGGACAACUUGUUGGAGUCAUUGCCCAUGUCGGGUCAGAGUCGAAGAAUGUUUUCGACAUAACAGCAACUUCUCGACCGUCUGCUCGUUCGAUGGCGGAAACAGAAGAAGCCUCUGCUGAAUUCACCAAAAUCGCAGAAAUUGUGUUUGUUAGAACAGCCUUGGCUUGGAUAACCGGAAUUAUCCUUCUAAUCGCCACUUACUUGGCGAUCUACUUCCUUAUGUACAUGCCAAUCACCAAAGACACCCUUCUAUAUUCUAAUGUCAAGCUCGAUUGAUUAUCCAUGGUGGCAGUUUAUCCUCUUCAAUGGAAUACUUGAGGGCAAGGUUGCCAUGAAUUUUUUUCAUGCAGAUGAGAUUAAAAAUCUGUGAUUGUGGAUCCAGUCAAUUUGCUUGUGACAUUUUCGUUUUUCCGGGUUGUGAUUAUGUAGUUUUUACGUGCUUUUGUUCGAUUAUUUAUUUAGUGGUAGCUCAAACUUGGAAUAAAAUGUAUUAAUCACGAUUGGAGUUAAACCUCGAAAUCUGGAGGAGAAAUUUGGAAAUUUGGAAGUUGGAAAUGAUUGUGCGAUAUUGUUUGUUUCUUUUUUAUUACCGUGUAUCGAGAUGGUGAAGACACUUGAUGUGAAGUAUAUUUUUGGGUGUCGUUAUCCUCAUCUAAAA